UACAACUUCCAGAUAACGUUCUGAGCCGCGCCGCGUUCACGUGUGAAUUUUACUGGAAACUAAAAAGUGCACUGAGAAGAUGAGGGCAAUUUUGAUUCUAAGCGCCUUUUGCGCAAUAUCUUGUGCCUCGGAUUUCGUGGAUAAUCCCGACGUUGAGCUGCCAUCGUAUAUGCGCAUUUGCAACCGUGACGACCCUGAACUUGGACGCUGUAUCAAGGAUUCCAUCCAGAGGCUACUUCCGGAGUUGCAUAAUGGUAUUCAAUCGAUCGGAUUUCCCGCCAUCGACCCGUUUAGCCAGGAGAGUAGCUACUUCGAGUACAAAAAUGAUCAGAUCUAUGGAUCGCUGCACAUCAAAAAUGCCAAAACGUACGGAAUGAGCCGUGCCCUCAUCCGAGACGUGCGUGCCACCGCUGAAGAUGAUGCCUUCCGAAUGGAGGUGGAUGUAAAUUUUCCGAAACUGAUCACAGAGGGGAAAUUCAAAGGAGAAGGUCGCUUCAACUCUAUCAAGGUUACAUCGAAGGGAUACUUCAAUAUCACCACUUCAAAUGUAUCUACUACAUGGAAAAUAACUGGUAGUACCACCGAGCGAAAUGGUGAGGAAUAUAUGUUCAUAAAUAAGUUCGAUAUGACUCCGGAAGUUGGUGAUAUGAAAAUCUACGCUACUGGAUUGUUCCCCGAUCCUGGUUUGAAUCAAGUAGCACUCGACUUUGUGAAUCAAUACUGGCCGGCUCUCUACAAACAGAUGCUUCCCGAAACACGACGAUCCUGGGAACCAAUUAUGCUCGAAGUUAUCAACAAAAUGUUCGACAGGGUCCCCUAUCGACGACUGCUACCCAAAGCAGAAUCUAGUUAAAUUUUCUUUCAAACAAUUUUUUGUACUGUUGUUGAAUAAAUAUGAUCCUUAAAUUUCGUUUAA